AUGUCGGUUAAUGAUCAACUACUACAGCAUUUGUUGAACACUCUUUCUGCUGACAACAAUCUACGAACGGAUUCGGAGCAUUACCUAAAUGAUUUGAUCGAUAAACAACCAGCAUCGUUAACCAAUCUUCUCGACUUGGCUACAGAUUCUAGUAUUCCUUUCCAAAUCAGAUUGGUUGCUGCUACAUUUGUGAAAAAUAAAGUUAAAGGUUCAUGGUUUAUCAAUGGUGCCACGAACAAGUAUAUGAAGAUACAGGAGAUCCCCCAAUCGGUUAAGGACGAAAUUAAAAAUAAGCUUAUAGAAACCUUAUUGAAAGUCUCACCAUUCCAGCAUCAAGCCUUGUUUAAGCAGAUACUCAAUUGCAUAGAGGUAGUUCUUAGACUUGAUCAAUCGUGGUCCAAUCGGCUCUAUGAGAUCUCACAGGAUCUCUUACAAUCCAGUGGUAAUGACAUCAGCAAAUUGUAUAUUAGUCUUUCGCUAGUGUAUCAUAUUGCCAAGAAGCAUUGUUUUGACAGUGAUCGAACUCUGAUUGAAACCAUUUCGGAGAAGCAGUUCCCAUUAUACGAGCAGAUGUUCUCCGGGAACUUCAGUGCUAUCAAAGAUCCUUCCACAGCUUCUGUCUUUUAUCUCAUCUUGAAAAUCUACAAAUUCUGUACCUUCCUGCAACUUCCAAAGUACCUAACUCAUGAUCUCAACAACCUACAGAAGUGGUGUAAGUAUCAACUUGAGAUUAUCAAACUAGAAGUUACCUUUCCCGAUGGCGACGAUGAGGAUGAUGGUCCAGGAGCACACGAUCACGUGAUUAAAAAGUGUCAGAAGUGGGCUUUUGCAAACUUUUACAGACUCAAAAGACGCCAUGCCAGAGAAAAUAAUAAGCUUUUGAAUUCUCAGGUUGUGAGUGUUCUCAUUUCCCAGUUCAUACCACAAAUUGUCACCGAGUAUCUAUCGCUAACUGGCCGUCGUUUUACUGAUAUUUGCUACUAUUAUCUUAUUGCCUUUCUAACCGAUUGCAUUACUACUGAUCCAAUUUAUCAGCAGUACAUAAAAAGCAAUGUCAAACCUAUACUUGGCAGUAUCAUUGUGCCAAGAUUAAGUUGUACUGAUGCUAAAAUUGACACGUUUGAAGACGAUCCUGUUGAAUACUUACGUCGUUAUGUUGACUCUGCGGCAGUGUCCGUCGAUUUCAAAAGUGCAGAAUCAUCUGCAAACGAGUUUGUCUUCAUGCUUUGCAGACUACAUCUCCAAGAUGUUGCCCAGGAUUUUUUUUCUGUAGUCCAGCAGAUCUUCCAAGAGAAGAAUAACAACCUAUACCGCGUUGAAGCAGGAUUGAAAUUGCUCAACAAUUCCUGGGUUCAGAUGUCAGCUUCUAAUCCCCAAAUGGACCAAGCUUUCCGCUUUUUCAUCCUUCCUCAGUUACAGGACAGUAAUCAUAAAUGGCUCCAAACCGUUGCUUGUGAAACAAUUGCUGAGAUCAACCAUCAGUUCAAAGAUAUGUCGUUGUUGAACGAAGUCAGUUCCGUGGUGAACGGUCUCAUCGGCAGCAGCUCCGAGUUCAUGGCGUUGCAGUUGGAGGGUAUCAACGCUUUGAAUUCUCUAUGCGCGAUGCCCCCAGUUCGUCAGCAGACUUCUCAGAGCAUCACUAAAGUAAUAGAACUCUUACUUCAUUUGAACAGUCAAUACGAAAUGGAGCUAGCUAGCGAUCUUAUGGAUAAUUUUGUACUCAAGUUCGCCAAGGAGUUGGAACCUUUUGCUCUGCAACUUUCCAAGAGUUUGAAUGACCAGUUCUUGCAGGGAGCACAGGAGCUUGUGUCGGUGAUGGGUUCCAGCGGCAGAGACGACUAUGAGAAAGAAGCUCAACUUGCGCAAUCCUUAAGGACACUUACCACCAUGGUUCUUUCUAUGAACUCCCAGAAAUCGACUACAUCUAAUAUGGUGAGCACUUUUGAGCCAAGUGUUAGCUUCAUUUUGGAUAACGCAAUGAUCGCCUUUCUCACAGAGGCCAUGGACUUACUGGAAACAACAAACUUUAUUCUUAAAUCGCUGACGCCAGAGACUUGGAAAAUAUAUGAAACGGUUCUCGAUUCUUUUGAAAACUAUGGAUAUGAAUACUUUGAUAAUUAUGGACCGUACUUCCAAACGGUUAUAAACUAUGGAUUUCAUAAUGUCGGUAUCGAUUCUGAUUCUCACGUUCAGAGAGCUCUUAAUUUGUUGCUGAACUUUUAUCGGAACGCCAAUGAAGAUGAAGAGAUGCUCGAAUUUGUUUUUGAUCUUACGAUGCUCAUUGUUCUCAACUGCAAUAAUACAGAGACAAUAAUUAUGCCGUUACUCAAGCCUGUAUUCAAGAGUCUCAGUACUUUAUCAAUUGAUGUGCUUAGAGUUUAUUUACGUCUAUUCAUUGCUUUGAUGAUGAAGCGUCCUGAUUUGAUAAGCCAGUUGACGGACAACGACGCACACACUCUAACUCAGUUUAUAGAGGUUUGGUUUGGCAAUAGCGAUGAACAGUUGACGACUGUAUUUGAUCUUAAAUUGGAGAUUCUUGGACUCAUUACUUUACUAGAAGCACAGCUACCUGAGUUAGACCGUGUUAAAGAGACCAUGCUCCGAAAACUUAUGGAGUUAAUCGAGAAACUUCCUGCCGCUAUUGACAAGCGGGUAAAGUUACUAAAGAUGGAGAACGAGGGAAAACUUGAUGAGUCGGAUUUACAAAAAGGACAGGAAGUUGAAUUCGAUAUUGAUGACGACGAAUAUGCGGAGUUGAAUGUUGAUACACCUUUGGACAAUGUAAAUGUUCUUGAGGAAUUCAAGAAGUUUGUUCAAGAGAAUCAAGUUCAAAUGGGUCAAUUAAAGCAAUAA